UUGGAAAUACAGAAACAUGGCCGACUAUCCUUUGACCCUAUCCUUUGACUAAAAGAUCCACCACUUUAUCGAGAUUUCCGUGUGGUUGACGACCAAAUUUGUCUUCCAGAGGAGCACGGCUUCCUUGGGUUGAGUGAUGGCGAAAAAUGUUUUUAUCCCACUUUUAUGGCCACUGUUUUUAUCUCCAGACAUUUUGGCACAGGACUGUUUGGGACCAGUAAACGUCACAGUAUGGCCAGAAGAAGCCGUUGAGGGAGCAAGUGCCAUAAUGAGAUGUUCUUAUAUUAUUGACAAGGACUGUUUCUUUUUACUUGUGUGGCGAAGAGGUGACGGUAACCCUGACAAAAGUUAUAUCGCACACCACCGGGUCAAUGACAGCGACCCGCAGGAUCCAAGCAAAGGCAAAUACUACAUGGCGAUUGACAUCCAGGAAGGCAGUAAUUUAACUGUGAAGAAUGUCAGUAAAAAAGACAGCGGUGAAUACAGAUGCGAACUAAAAAUGUGUGAUACAGAAUUCAACAUAGGAUCUGCAAAUUUGACAGUCUUAGGUGCAAGCACCACAAUCAUCCCGUCACCAACAGCAACAACAACAUCAACAACAGAGGGAGGUCUUUCUGGAGGCGCUAUAGCGGGUAUCGUCAUCGGUGUCAUAGCCUUAUUGGCCAUUAUACUGAUUCCACUUAUUUGCAAAUUUCGCAGAUAGAUGAAAUCUGGGCACCUGCUGUUUAUUCUAACAUUCAAGGGUUUACCUUUGCUGGAGGGAAUUUUUGAAUCACCUUUUAUAAAGUACUUGCAAAUAUCUCGAUUAUCUUGUUGGUGAGGUGUUGAUCACAUGUCACUGGAUUAGUCGUUCUAUCUCGCGUUACCAGUACAAUUGAACGUCGUUUCACUGGAAUCAUUCCCGCCCCAGUUUAAACGUUCAUUUCCCGUAACAAAUAAGAAAAUAACGAAAGGACGGGAGCCAGUCUAGCAUUGCACAGUAUAACCACAAGGUAGUACUGUGGACACUUAUUUGUUUGGCAAAAUGGUAAAUGUUAGCAUGCAAGGACCCUUCUUUCUAUCAGAAAAGGAAUUGUCAGAGCUUGCAUAAAAUGCUGACGCUGCUCAUGCAAAGAAAAAUAUGAAAUUAGCAUGAAUUAGAUAACUUAGAUAUUGAAAGUUUACGACCAUUUACUGCUUUAUCAAAAAGUAGAACUUAGAUUUUUGCAAUAAUCCUGACAUCGAGGCAUAAUUCAGAAACUGCUGAUAGGUGCCACCUUGGUGUAAAACAAUACACCACUCAUUGCCGCUAGGCGUUUCAUUUCUCCCCAGAAUCUGUAUUAUCGUGAUCAAUUGCAGCUUGCGUUCACUUAAAGUUUUCCAAAGAAUUCACGUUUUGGAUGUUAUCUUCCUAUGUAGAUUGAACCUGACAAAGUGUUCGGUCAGUGAUUAUUUUCCUCCCUGACGUCCCAGGGAAAUAUGUCAAAAUUAAUUGUAAAAUACUGUUUUUUGAAGAUGAAUGAAAGGAUAUUCAUAUUCCAACAAACCGUUUGAAAAUCCUUAUACUAGAAAACGGUUGGCCUCGUUGUGGAAACUCUCCAUUCAGUAUAAAGCAUUGCUAUUUGGAACAUUCAUAUUUUUCAGAGUUGAAUAGGGUGACUAAUUUUGACAUAAUGGAGUUUCAGGGACAGUAGUUUCAUUCCCUCUCGUUCUUACCCUGACUAUGUUGGUUUAAACUGUAAAAACGAGAGAAUAAAUUUCAUUUGUCUCCUAACACAUGCGUGAAGCAUAAUAAUACUUUGCAAAGUUGGUCUGGUUUUCAUACAAUAUCGUUCAAAAAUUAUGAAGUAUUUGAAAGAGGGGAAUUAGGUUCACAUACAAAACUCAAAUCAUUUUUUAAUGAUUAAAUGGCAGUUUCUCAAGAAGACGUUAGAAAAAAAUGUGGUAUCAUGAUGCACAGUGAGAAUUGCUUCGGGGCAAUGUACAUGUUUUGGUAUUGGAAACUUAAUGUAAGCAGUGCAUAAGUUCAUUGUAAAUAACUGUGCUCAUAUGGGUACACGUGUUAGAUAUUCGUUCUUUGUCCUGGUUUAAUUUCCCGAUAAGUUGAAGAAGACUUCAGAACACUGUAGCCUAAAGGUUUCAAACGAAUUUCAUUCCAAAUACAAAUGGGUAUUUUCGAUCUCUUCCAUUGAAAGCGAUUUAGGGCACUUAUAGUGUCGUUAACUUUCAGACGAUUUGAAAGGUUGAUCAACCAAAUUCAAAGCAUGCGCAGCAUUUUGACAGAGGAGUAUUAUAUUUCACCUCGUUUGUGCUUGCGUUUCAAGUCGAACAUUUUGAUCAUAUGUUCCCACAAUUUCGCCAAACCUCUUUGGAACACAAAAGGAUACAUCUUAUCCAUUGGUUUUUAUUUGUUCUCCCGUGAUCAGUGAAAUUUGUUUUCUUCCUUUAUAUUUAGAAAUUUAUGUGUAGGCCAUAUCCUCUUCGCAGUGCAAUUUAUUUUUUUUUCUCAGUAUGUGAACUAAUGCAUUCAGCCAGAUGUACUUGAGUACAAUGGGACUAAUUUACCGAACAAACGUAGAGAUAGGCAAAAAAAAUUCAAUAUCUGAAUGCUGUGAUUAUGCGAUCCUUUGGACGAAUUUGCAAUGACGAUAUUCUCAACAGUAUAGUGAAAUGUAUUCUCCAACUUAUCAAAUUUAAUGAAUUGUUUUUUUCUCAGCAAGGGCAGGCUUUUGGUGUUUUUGACCAAUUUGAAAAUGUAAUGUUGUGAAUAGGAAUGAGAAACUUUCUAAAACAGUUUGGAAAACCUUCACUAGUUUCUGGAAAAUAAUUGGAACAUAUUUCGAAAAAGAGGCAGGCGAUUUCGUGCGAAGUGUCAUGUAACAUAUACCAGGACAAAAAAAAAGAAUUUUUUGAGUGCCAACGGGAGUUCCAUUUUUAGAAGGUUUUGAUUAGUUAUAUGUUCAUGAUUGAAAUGAUUGAAAAAAACUAAUGUUGUCUGUAGAAAAAUACCGUCUUUUGUAUGAAUCCUCUACACCGAGGCUGAGGUUUUCUUCCUUCUUGUGCUACUUUUUUGCCGCAAAUACUCAUCAUACAGCGGAGUAAAUGUUCCAAAAGUCCUUCUUCCAAUGGCAGAGCUAGGAGAUACACAAAAAUCAUAAAAACCUUGUUUGUGUACAGUCUGAUAACAAACACUCGAUAAUCCUUCAUAGUAAUAUAACAUCUAUUAUCAAAGUGGUAACAUGAUUACCCUUGUAACUCUAACCAAAUUGAACAUAUAUUUUGCCAUUUUGAAUGAUAGAAAAUGAAACUGAAUACUCAAUACCGAAGAGUCACGGUAAAAGGCAGAUUUUCAGCGAAUAGGAAUGCACAUUUGCAAUCAUUGGCGACUAAUUUGUCAAACCGAAAUAUCAACUCUGCAUUUGUAACCUUUUAAAUAAAUAAAACGUAAUGCAACAAAGUUCAAUGCUUGUUGAUGCGAAAAUCUACAUUACAUUGGAUUUGUACUUAGCAAAUUGAAUUGCGAAACGUGUCCAAAUUGCCCGAUAGAUCCUUUUCUUUUAUGUUUUAUUUCUAGGCUCGUUAGAGUUUUUUUUUCUUUUUCGUACUUUAUGAAGUCAAAUGUAAGGACCUGUACAGUAGAGUGUUAAAUGGUAUUAUAAUUACAGCACAGUGUGAUUUAUAAUCUAAUGUGGUUUUCAUCAAACUUUUUUGGAACUUGAUUUUUAUUCAAAAGAUGGUUUUAAAUUGUUGGGGACUCUUUUCUGGUUUGUCUAAGUAAUGUAACGAGCUCUGAGUCGAAUAUUGCAGCUGAUACCGCUAAAUCUUUUCAAGAUAGAAGGUGAGCGUUGUUCUACUUUAUUUUCAGUUAUCUUUCGUGCAUGAGGCCUUGCAACUAAUAUGUAGUUUGUUGUGCAAAAAUCGAGCGCAUUUUUCAAAGAUAUUGAUUGAAGAAUUGGAAUUUUUCGUUGAGUGUAGCUUUGGGUAAAGACACUACAGGAACUAAUGCUGGUAUCGCUCUAAACCUAAUUUACCUGUAGUUUUGCUUCUAAGUACAUGUAUUCUUUUUCAUAUACUGAAGAAAUAAAUGUCAAAGUUUUUACAACGUG